CUCCCACGUCCCAUCCCAUGCACAGAAACUAAAGGUCUUCUUCCUCCUUGUGUUGGUAACUAACUGCUAAAAAAACCCCCUCCAUUUUCUCCUAGCUUCCCUCCCCAUGGCUCCUACCCAAUUCCCACCUUCGUCCAAAGUUCGAAUGAUAUUUCAGUCCAAUCUAUGUUAUCGGGAUGGUGAUCCGAGCUUCGUGCAUAAAACAAACACAUGUGCUUCGCCAAGAAAAAUCCCUAUAAACCACCACCCCCUCCAUCUUCAUAUCCAUCCCAAACCAUGUCGUCACCACGUCCGGAAGAAGAAUCCCAAACCAUGUCGUCACCGCCUCCGGAAGAAGAAUCCGAAACCACGUCGCCACCCGCUCCAUCAUCACCACCUGCAGAAGAUGAAUGCGAAACCAUGUCACCAACAGCCGAUCCAUCAUCACCGCCUCCGGAAGAAGAAUCCGAAACCGUGUCGCCAACAGCCGAUCCAUCAUCACCAGCUGCGGAAGAUGAAUCCAAAACCAUGGGAUCACCACCUCCGGAAGAAGAAUCCAAAACCCUGUCGUCACCACCUCCGGAAGAAGAAUCCCAAACCAAGUCACUACCACCGCAGCAAACUCUCAGACCACCCACCGCCGCCGCCUCAUUCCUCUUCCCCGAAACCCAAUCCACCGUCCUACCCGACCCAUCAAACUUCUUCUCCCAAGACCUCCUCUCAUCCCCUCUCCCCACCGAGUCCUUCUUCCAAAACUUCGCUCUCAAAAACGGCGACCAACCCGAAUACAUCCACCCUUACGCCGUCAAAUCCUCCUCCGCCGCCCUAACCAUCUCGUACCCAUCUCUCUCCUCCACCUCCGCCUUCACACACCAAAUCUUCACCGCCGAUCUCGCCAUUUCCGCCACCCAAAAACCCGAUUCUCCACAACCCCACAAAAUCUCCUCCUUCAACGACCUCAGCGUCACAUUGGACUUCCCCUCUUCCAACCUCAGCUUCUUCCUCGUCCGCGGCAGCCCAUUCAUCACGUGCUCUGUUUCCAACGCCACCUCUCUUUCAAUCUCCACCAUCCACUCAAUCCUCUCGUGUUCACCAAACGACUCAAAGACCAAAUACACCAUCAAGCUCAGUAACAAUCAGACAUGGCUUGUAUACACUUCUUCCCCGAUCGAUUUGGCAACCAACUGCCUGUCACCGAUCACCUCCAAUGAGUUUUCUGGGAUAGUUCGGAUUGCGAUAUUACCGGAUUCGGAUCCGAAAUUCGAGGCGACCCUUGACCCGGUCAGUCCUUGCUACCCGGUUUCUGGCGAAGCGGUUUUCACAAAGCCGUUUGCUUUGGAAUACAAAUGGGAGAAGAAAGGAUCGGGCGAUUUGCUCAUGCUUGCUCAUCCUCUGCACCUCCAGCUUCUCUCCCGCGAGGAUUCUGACGUCACUGUUUUGGAGGAUUUCAAGGUCAAGAGCAUCGAUGGGGAUCUUGUUGGCGUCGUUGGCGAUUCAUGGUCGCUGAAACUCGACCCUAUUUUGAUCACCUGGCAUUCGAAUCGAGGUGUUGGAGAAGAGUCGUAUGCUGAAAUUGUUUCUGCACUUGUCAAGGAUGUUGGGGAGCUGAAUUCCAGUGCGAUAGCUACAAAAUCUUCGUACUUUUAUGGAAAAUUGAUCGCGAGGGCGGCGAGGCUGGCUUUGAUUGCAGAGGAGGUGGCUCAUCUCGAUGUGAUUCCGACGAUUAGGAAGUUCUUGAAGGAAACGAUUGAGCCGUGGCUGGCUGGAACUUUCGGGGGAAAUGGUUUCUUGCAUGACAAGAAAUGGGGUGGCAUUGUCACGAAACAAGGAGCAACCGAUUCUGGUGCGGAUUUUGGGUUUGGACUUUAUAGUGGUCACCAUUACCAUCUGGGGUACUUUGUUUAUGGGAUUUCAGUGCUUGCGAAAAUUGAUCCUGCUUGGGGGAGGAAGUAUCGGGCUCAAGCUUAUUCGCUCACUGCUGAUUAUUUGACGGUAGGCAGGCAUUCAGAUUCGCAUUAUCCACGCAUAAGGUGCUUUGAUUUUUACAAAUUACACUCGUGGAGAAGCGGGUUAAAUGAGUCUGCAGAUGGUCGUAAUCAGGAGAGCACGAGUGAGGCAGUGAAUGCCUACUAUUCAGCUGCAUUGUUGGGCUUAGUUUAUGGAGACACCCAUCUUGUGGCCACAGGAUCAAUGCUUGCAGCUUUGGAGAUUCGGGCAGCCCAAAUGUGGUGGCACGUAAAAGAGGGAAGUAACAUGUAUGGGCAGGAUUUCACAAGGGAAAAUCGCUUGGUUGGAAUUUUAUGGAGUAACAAGAGGGACAGCGCAGUUUGUUUCGCUCCUUCGGAGUGGAAAGAGUGCAGGCUUGGAAUUCAGUUGCUACCUCUAUUGCCGAUCACUGAGGCCUUGUUUUCAGAUGUUAGCUUUAUUAGGGAUCUCGUGACGUGGACACUACCGGCUUUGAGUAGGGAGGGAGUAGGGGAAGGAUGGAAAGGAUUUGUCUAUGCCUUGGAAGGGAUUUAUGACAAAGAAGGCGCUUUGGGGAAGAUAAAGAGCUUGAAUGGUCACGAUGAUGGUAACUCGCUUACGAAUCUCUUGUGGUGGAUCCACAGCAGAGGAAAGGAAGGAGAGGAAGUCGGACUUGGACAUAACGUUUCCUGGUCCGGGCUUUAUCAUUAAACUGGUUGCAUUAUAAUUUGUGACUGUGAUUUCGUUCUCCGUUGUAUUUACUGUCAUGUUUUGAUUAACAUACAUCUGUUCUUUCAUCCGAAUUGAGAACUUUCUAUCUAUUUCGAUCCGUUGUAUUUACCUGUUAUUGUUGAAACCAACUGCUUUUCUGAAAUAUAUCAUAUUUUAGACGA